AUGGCUUCCAUUAAGAGAAAAAGAAUCGUAUUAACCAUACAGGAAAAAUAUGAUAUUGUAACGAGACUAGAAUCUGGUGAAGCUGUUACAAAACUUGCAAAAGAGUUUCACGUUGGUGUGUCAACCGUGAGCAAAAUGAAAAGAAACUCGGAAAAAAUUAAAAAGUGUUUUGCUGAGUUUGAUGUCAUGAAAGGUGCCAAAUUCCGAAAAACAAUGAAAUUAGCCGAUCAUACAGAUUUAGAUGCGACUUUGUACAAAUGGUUUGUGCAGAAAAGAUGUGAAGGAAUACCCCUAUCUGGACCAAUGAUUCAAGAAAAAGCUUUGAUUCUCAACUCGAAGCUUGGUGGUUCUGAUGACUUCAAAGCCAGUAGUGGCUGGUUAGAGAAAUUCAAAAUUCGCCAUAGUAUAAGGCAACUCAAUAUCGAGGGGCAAAAAUUGUCUGGAAAUGUCGCAGCAGUUGCUUCAUUUGUUGCAAAGAUUGAAGAUUUGAUAAGAGAUGAGAAUUUAUUCCCAGAUCAAAUUUACAACUGCGAUGAAACCGGACUGUAUUGGAAGGCCCUUCCUGAAAAAACUUUAGCUGCGGUAAAUGAAACUUCUGCUCCCGGAAGGAAACGAAUGAAAGAUAGGGUCACUGUUUUAGCCUGCUCCAACGCAUCGGGUUCCCACAAGCUUGAACUAGCUGUUGUUGGGAAAAAAGUCCGGAAUUCUCCAGAAGAAGAUGAUGAUGAUGAAGAUGAGAAUGAUUCUCGAACAAAUAAGAUAAGUAACAAUGAUGCAUUUGAGAAUUUUGCAAAAGGUCUUGCUUGGUUGGAACAACAGGAACAGUGUGAUUCCUCUAACUCAUGA